AUGCUCACAACAAUGGCACCAAUUCACAUCCUCGACGGCGGACUCGGCACAUCCUUGGAAGACAAGUACGGUGUGAAAUUUAACCACUCACAGCCUCUCUGGUCAUCACACUUCCUCAUUGAAAACCAGGACACCCUGCUCAGCUGCCAACGUGACUUCGUAGAAGCAGGAGCCGACGUCCUCCUCACAGCGACAUACCAGGUAUCCAUUGAAAGCUUCGCGAGGACCAAAACGCCCGAUUUCCCAAAUGGCAUCCCGAAAGAUUCCAUCACUCCCUACCUGACCAGGGCUGUUGACAUAGCGGAGCAGGCGAGCAAGCAUGGAACGGCUGAGCUCGCAUUGAGUCUUGGUCCGUAUGGCGCGAGCAUGGUUCCCGGUCAAGAGUACGGCGGGAAGUACGACGCAGAGCACGACACAGAGGAGAGCUUGUACCAAUGGCAUCUCGAACGAUUGCGUCUGUUCGCAGCAGUGGAGAAGCUGGAGAAACGCGUGCAGUACAUUGCGUUCGAGACCCUCCCCAGAUUGGACGAGAUUCGGGCUGUGAGGAGAGCGGCACAGGCGGCGGGAGUUAGCACACGAGAGGGUGGCCCUUGUCUUUGGAUCUCUUGCGUGUUUCCGGCCGAGACUGAAAAUCUCCCUGAUGGCAGCACAAUCGAUCAGGUGGUGGAAGCGAUGUUGGGGCGCUUGGGUGAUGGUUGCAUGCCGUGGGGGAUCGGCGUCAACUGUACGAAGAUACACAAGCUUCCCGGCCUCAUCCAGAAAUUUGAGCAUGCUGUCAGGAAGUUGCAUAUCGUAGAUCCGCUGCAUAACAUGCCCACUCUGGUUUUGUACCCAGAUGGUACGAACGGAGAAGUCUACAAUACCACAACUAAACGGUGGGAAAAGCCCAAUGACUUAGUGGAAGAUACUCAACCAAAGGUAAGUACUAGCGAAAUCUUUCGUAUGUUCGCAAUACAUCCCGAAUGUUUUGCUCACCUGCACUACAGGAACCCUGGGAAGUGCAGCUCGCUCGAAUAG